CAAGGGAGUCAAAUUUCGAAAAAAAUUAGAAACAAAGCAGUCAGGAAGAGGGUUAUUAUUGGACUGGGACUGGAGCUAUCACUGCCAACGCUGGUGCUAAGAGAAGGAACAUGACCGACCAACGCUAUGAGUACUUGCUGCAGGGCAGCGUUUCCGAAGAUGUCCUGCCACAGCUCGUCACAAGACUGCGCUGCAUAACAGAUCAGACGUUUGAGGGUGGAAACGACAUCCUGGUGCAUGAGCGUAUCUAUAUGCUCAAGGGGACUGGUUCAGCCAGCGUCACCGUGUACUGUCGAAGAUCACUUCAGGAAGAUCCGCCUGUAUUUGAACUGCGGUACCUGGGUGUUCCGGAGACUACAACAGGACAGUCUGGUCAGGGCCAGGGAUCAGCACGGAAACCAGUGAGCAUGCGAAGCUGUGCCAUUAGUUCUGUGGAUAGCAACUGCUUCAAGUUCCUAGAAGACUUGGGAUUUCGGAAAUGCAAUGAGCAUGUCUUAAAAGGCUACUACUUCCUGAAGAACAAUGUAGGCGUCUCUGUCGUACAAGUCUACACGUUGGAUGCGGCCGGCAAACAAAGUGCUGCCCCUGUAUCUGCUUCCAGCUUGGUGACCGCACGCUUGAUAGCAGGCUCUGGAUCGGUCUCAGCCAUUGACCUUUUAUGGUCCGUUGCCGAUAUGCUGAAACCACUUGUCGCACUGGCCAAGGCAUCCUAGAAGAUAGUAGUGGAACGGUGCUUGCAUGCUUCUUCUGCAUGCACUCCGUGCCAUCAUCAUGUUCAGGUUUGAUGGCAUCACCAGAGUGUGUCUGUAUGUGGCGUAAUCGCCCAUCACUACUACUCCGCUCAGAACUGAAGUCUGGUGCCGCGAAAAUGCCACCAAGCAGCAGCGCGCUCUAGAAGAACACUACAGCAGCAGGAUGUGCCGGGAAUGGCUGCAUGGUUCGCAAGCCCAACAGGGCUAGAAGUUACGUUGUUCAUUUUCCAAGUGCCGGCUGUCUUGGCCCCUCGUGCACAGUGUGCUACGACACAUGCUAAUUCAACUACCAAGGAGAACACCCUGCGUUCUGUUACAAUCAGUGCUUGCAUCAGCAUGACCGUCCUUGUGAUAUCAUCGUGGCACAAUGCCAUUUCCGUACCGUAGUACUACAGAGCGAGUACAUCGGCUUGUAUGUCAGGAGUACAGAAUUACCUCCUCUGACUUAAACUCGUCUGGCAGCAUGAGCAAAGCAACCCCCUACCAGCAUGAUAUGGACACAUGAACCAGCCUUGAGGUAGGCUUCCAAAGUAUGAAAUUAUCAUGGAACUUUUUAAUAUGAUAUGCCAGGGCAUCCAAAAAUAAGUCAAACUUGAGUACACAUAGAGUACAGUUUUAGUCUUUUACGUUUUAGAAUUAGAUGUAGUUUCAUGGUGCUUAUACAUGUAAUGUUCAUGUCAUUUUUUAUCAUUUGAACGUUUUUUCAGUACAAGUACAAAAUUAUCAGUGCCUCAAAUUCUUAUAAGUGGAUUCGAAUUGGAUGGAUAUGUACGUACACUGCGAAUGGCAGCUACAGUACACAUUGUUAUGAUCAUGAUUAUUGUGUUCAUUCUCGUCUCGUCCACGGUAUCUCAGGUAAAGAUCCUUGGGUCACUGAGGCAGUGGAACCAGUCAAUCCCGAUCCUGAUGAUUUGUAAAUCUCA